UCCUAACCUCGGGGGGGGAAAAGACAUUCUUGAGGCACUGUUCAGUUAGACUGUAGUCCAUACAGUUUGCCUGGUCUAUGAAAAUCAAAUCUCUCUAUCCUGCUCUUAAAAUCAGCUCCCAAAACUGAAGUGUACUGGAAAAUGCUGUCUUUGCAAAGUGAGUUCUAAAGACAAGACUUCCUGUUUGCACUGUUGCAGAGCCCUGUCACACAGUCAGUGCCAGGUGUGUGGUUUUACACACAGCUUUGUGCCAGCAAGGCUAAAACCUGUUUCUACCCUGGAAUUUUCCCCAAGAGGUCAGUGUGCCUGGGAAGAAAGAUGUUGUCCUACAAAGAGAAGUUUGAAGAAAAAAAGAGAGCAUUUACAAAUGCUAUCAGAGAAGCAGCCAGAUGGUUGAAAACAAGAUUCUGAAUGAGAUGAGAUAAUGCAGCAGUGUUCGCAAGUCCUUCUUUAAAGUGUUCUUUUCAACUCACUGGCUUUCCAGUUGUUAACUUUUCAUUAUUUGGGAAACAGUAAACGAUGACAAUUGUCACUGGGCUCUUAUCUUGAAAUCGUUUGAAUGUACCAAGGUUAAACAAUUCAUCAUUAUCCUUUACCUUAGUUAAAUAUCUAUCAGUAUUGCUGCUUUCUUCUGCAAAAAUCUUCAGGUGAGUGGCUGAUGAAAAGAGAGAUUAAAAAAAAAUCUGACCUGAAGUUACGUCUAGCAAAGCACUGUGUGCAUGGUUGGCCUUAACCUCAUAAGCUCCACCUUCGAUGAUCUCUGAAAAGAACUCCCCUAGAUUUCCAUCAAUUUAAGUCAAGACUCAAGAGAUUUUAAAAGAGAUCCUUAAGUCUGAGAAGGGAAGCCAAUCUUCUCUUUGUGAUGUUAUUAUAAAUGUGCUUUGCACCUUUCCCUGUCUAUUGAAAAAAAUUUCUCUCUGCUUCCUUCCCCAACUUUUUUUCCAUGCUUUCUUCUGUUCCUACACAUGUUUUUACAGUUUUUGAUGCCAAGCUUUCCUUACUGGCUGUUCUGACUAGAAAAGUCAUCUUUUGUCUCAAGCAAGAUGGUCCCCCACCCAUUCUUUGUCAGAUCUAUGUGAGAUCUUAUCUCAGAGAUAUUAUUCUGCUGUCUAAAUUUCCUCAAGUUGUUCUCCUUGUGCUGAACUACUUUAACUCCAUGAAUUUCUGUUCAUGAGACUGACUGGAGCGCACAUUGUCAAAAAGAUGUGGCAUAAAAUAUUUCUGCAUUGCAUUUGUUGUUUCCAGACAUAAUUUUUUUUUCAAGGACAGUUUCAGUUACAAGAUUUGAGCAUCUCUGUUUCAAGGCAUCAUCUAAUCAUGUUAAAGUCACAGUGAGUAGGGAUUUUUCUGUCACUUCGUUUGUGUUUCAGCCUUCACUGUAGUAAUUUUGGAUCAUGUAAUCCCAGUUACCAGAUGUGGAAGUCUGUUCCCAGCUAAUUUCAUUAAUUUCUCAAAUUAAAAUUUGUUUUUGAGAUUCUUCUUAUAUAGUUCUAUUGAUUAGCUUUAUUGAAUAUUAUCAUUAAAAAAAACCAACAACCCAAAUAAGCACAGUACUUGAAGGCGUGGGAGGAAAUGGUAAGAGCAGAGGUAGACAUAGGAGACACAGGCAGAGCUGGUAGGUAUGAAGAGCUGACAUCUGGAGAGGUUAAACUAUUUAUUUUGAGAACCAACAUAUGUACAGGACUAUUGGCUGUAGAAGUCUCUCCAGGCAAAAGCUAGACAGCUGCUAGAAAAGUGUAUGUGGGAAUAGAGAUAGUCCCACAUAUUUUUGAGGUAAGGUAAAUUGCCUCAAAGUGGAGUAUUUAGGCCUUUUGUUAUAACUAGAAAACUUGCUGAAAUACAUCUUGCUUUCUAGGUUAAGGAUAAGCACUAUUUUUGUCUAAGGCUGCCUAAAUGCUCAGGUUUCUCUCUGUUACAGCAAUCGAAGGCUGAGAUAUGCUGUGGGCUGGUUGGACCUCCCAGAUCCUAACAAGGCUUUUGCUCUGUGUACCAUUCUCUGGCAAGUUCCACAAUGGAUGAUGGAUUUUGGCAAUAUUUUGUCCAAGAGUUCUACCUUUCUGGGAGCCUUAUGGUUGAUUUGUUCUGCAGGCAGAGGUGUCUUCCCAGCAGCACUGUAGGUCCAGGGAAAUCUGAAGGUGCAGAAAUGCUCUGUCCACAGCAUGGGAGUAUCACAGCGCUGUACCUGCAGCAAAGACUUCUCUCCCAUGGCCUCCUCCAUCAGUCAUUCACCCUGCAACUUCAGCAACUGGUGAGUAAGGUACGCUAUAAAUAUGCAGCAGGACCUAACUGGCAGCUCCCUCUGUAGGAAAAAUAACAUAGAAACUGCCCAAGCCAUCCCUCUCCUGUGCAUGUGAGGAAAGCUAGCCCAGGAGCGCUGCCCACCUUUAGCAGGCAGGUGUUGACAAGGAAGACGCUGUCUGCAGGGUUAGGUGUAGGAAACACUUGUCUCUCCCAAAAUCUUAGCAGGUAAUGAUAAAACACAUGGAUGAAUGAGGGAGCCAAAAAUCUCCACUGUUGGCCAGUCUGGAGCUGCUUCCUGGCUCUGCACUUGCUUUCCGUGUCUCCAGCCUGUUCUGGAGCUAGCAGUGGUUUGCCUGCCCACAGCCUAGCUGGAUGCUGCAGGACAUGCAGCGUCCCACCGAGUUACAUGGGACCCAUGCACUGAUAACGGCCACGAGGUCCUGCUGUAGCAGGAAUGCUCCCCAGCCCUGAGAAGGCCCCGAGGGGCUGACAGCACCGUCAGGUCAUCCUGUAGCAAGCUCUGCAGCAGCAGCAACUCUGUGGGAGACCUGAGUGUACCAGAUGGGGUACCAGGGCUCUCCUUGCCAGCACCAGCGCCAAGGGGCUCUGCCUGGAAGAAAGUGUAGCUUCUGUCACAUUUUAAAGUAUUGCAAUGAAAAACUCUGUGAUUAAUUUCUUAGACAUUUCUUUCAGGCAGGCUGUUAAUUAAACCCCAGAAAACUCCAUUAACACAUCCUUACAGGGUAAGUGCUUUGCCUUACUCAGGUCAACUUUAAACAGCUAAGCCACUACAUAAACAUCUCCUUGACUGGAAGCUAAGUAGUACCACUGAUGAGGUUUCUUUUAAGCAGCCGAAAGCUUUGUAUGUGAAUAACUUCCCAGGGUGACUGGUUUUUAACUCUAUAAUUAUUGGAUGAUAUAUAUUUUACAGCAGCGCAAACACCUUUUAUGUGCAGAAAAUCAAAGCAAGCAAUGAAAAAAAGCUACUUUAUUAACUUGGUGGCUAAACACACUUUUUAGUAUGUUGGUCAAAAAUUACCUCUGAAUGUAAAAGGCACUUUCAGAAAUUCAUGCAGUUUAAGAAUUAAAUGAUCAGGCCAGCUCUUGAAAACAGCAUUUUGAUUUCUGCAUUUUUAGUAUGCAAUUUUGUGUACUUUUUGCUAUCAUAAAUGUGAUUGUUUCCUUUAAAUGAGGAACAAUCACAUUUAUUGUUUGUUGCUAAUGCUGGAUUUUCUUCCUUUGUAGUUUCUUAAGAUUAUCAAAGCUAAAAUAAAGAGGAAACUCUUUUAGUUCUCAAAAAUAGAGGACUGGCUUAGAGAGUUAAAGACAGAGUUUAGAAUGAAAAUGGUUUUUUACUUUACCUUCUCUCUGACUUGUGUGCUUGGACAACACAAAUACAGUACUAAAAGCAGAACCUAUGAGAGUUCACUGAUUCCUCCAAAUCUUGUCUCAGAAAUGAGUCCCACAGCUCCCUGCAAAGUAAUUGGUCUAAUUAGGUAGUAGGAAGGAGCUUCUUUAAAUUCCUCAGAAAUUAAGACUUGUCAUCCGCUUAACAUCUUAGCAUCUGCUACUGCCUCUUGCACAUUUCUCUACUACAUCAGUCUGAAGGACACUUUCCUGGACCUUUCAGAGAGAAAAACAAAACAAAAAAAACAUAAGUUGAAACAGAGAAGAAAUUGGCACUUUCUUCAGUGAGAUGAAGCAUGUAAGGCAUUUCACUCCCUCCUUAUUUCUCAGUUUGGUGCACGUUUGUCUGGUUCAGGCAAAUUAUGCCCCCUAUUUCUUUGAUAACGGAGCCAGAAGCACAAAUGGGAACAUGGCACUUCUCAGCCUUUCGGAGGACACACCUGUUGGUACCCAUGUGUACACUCUUAAUGGAACUGAUCCAGAAGGAGAUCCCGUGACAUACAGCCUGGCCUAUGAAGCUGGAUCAAGACGCUACUUUUCUGUUGACAAGAACCUUGGAAAUGUUACACUGAUUGAGGAGCUUGACAGAGAGAAGGAAGAUGAGAUUGAAGUUAUUGUCAGUAUUUCAGAUGGCCUGAGUACAGUAUCUGAAAAAGUCAGGAUCCUUGUAAUGGAUGCUAAUGAUGAGAGCCCAGAGUUCAUCAAUGCACCUUACAUAGUCCAGGUCCCAGAGAACAUCCAUGCUAAUAAGUUUACAAUAGACCGUCACAGUGGUGUUCUGCGCAUCAAAACAGGGGUCACCCUGGACUAUGAGAAAUCACGAACACAUUUUAUUGUUGUCGUAGCCAAGGAUGGUGGUGGGAAACUCCGGGGAGACAACAAAAUCUUUUCAGCCACAACAACAGUUACUGUCAAUGUGGAGGACGUUCAGGAUACUCCUCCCAUGUUCAUUGGGACUCCCUACUAUGGAUACGUUUAUGAGGAUACACUCGCAGGCUCUGAAGUCCUUACUGUUGUUGCUCUUGAUGGAGACAGAGGAAAACCUAACAGUAUUCAUUACAGUAUUGUGAAUGGAAGUGAAGGUUCUUUUGAAAUCGACAACACAACUGGAGCCAUUUCUGUUGUAAAAAGCCCAAAUCAGCUCAAGAAAGAAUUGUAUGAACUAAAAGUUCAGGCAUCAGAAGUCGGUCAGGAAGGUGACAUCUCAGCAUACACUUUUGCCAUGGUGACUAUUCGGGUGGUCGACCUCAACAACCAUCCACCAACGUUCUACGGAGAAAAUGGUCCUCAGAACAAAUUUGAACUGACCAUGUAUGAGCAUCCCCCAGAGGGUGAAAUCUUGAGAGGAUUGAAGAUUACAGUGAAUGAUUCAGAUCAGGGAGCCAAUGCUAAAUUCAACCUCCGUCUUGUUGGACCUGGUGGCAUCUUCCGAGUGGUUCCUCAAACAGUCCUGAAUGAGGCUCAGGUUACAAUAAUAGUGGAAAAUUCUGCUGCUAUUGACUAUGAGAAAUUCAAGGUGUUAACCUUCAAGCUUCUUGCAAUAGAGGUGAACACACCGGAGAAAUUCAGCUCAACAGCUGAUGUAGUGAUACGCUUGCUGGAUACCAAUGACAACGUCCCAAAGUUCUCUUCUGACUACUACAUUGCCAGGAUCCCUGAGAACUCCCCAGGGGGCUCAAAUGUAGUUGCUGUUACAGCUACAGAUCCAGACUCAGGGCUUUGGGGAGAAGUCAAGUACUCCAUCUAUGGAACAGGAGCAGAUCUGUUCCUAAUCCAUCCAUCAACAGGUAUAAUUUAUACCCAGCCCUGGGCUGUAUUAGAUGCUGAAGUAAACUCAAAGUAUAAUUUCUAUGUGAAGGCAGAGGACACAGAUGGGAAAUACAGCUUGGCUGAAGUGUUUAUCACUGUGCUAGAUGUCAAUGACCACUCUCCAGAGUUCAAUGAAAAUAUCCAGGAAAAGACGAUGAUCAUUGGGUCACCAGUGAAGAUAGAGGCUAUAGAUCAAGAUGCAGAAGAACCCAACAACAUUGUGGAUUAUUCCAUCAUGCAAGCAGAUCCAGCCAACGUGUUUGAUAUAGACCAAAGCACUGGGGAAAUCAAACUGAAAUCCUAUAUCCGUUCCCUGGAUAUCAUCCACAAUAUCACAAAGAACAAAGACUGCAUAUGGUCAGUGGUGGUGCAGGCCAAAGACAGAGGCUCCCCGUCCUUCAGUACCACAGCAGUCCUGAAGAUUGAUAUCACAGAGGAGACUCUUCACAAAGGGCCUAUGGCCGCCUUUUUGAUGCAAACUAAAGAUAACCCCAUGAAAGCCUUAGGAGUGCUAGCUGGUGUCAUGGGCAUAAUGGUGCUGAUAACUAUCAUGAUCUCUACUGCCAUGUUCUGGCGCAACAAGCGGUCCAACAAAAUCAUGCCGGUAAGACGGAUCAUAAAAAAGAGACAGACCCCACAGCCCCGGACAGUGAGGAUGGAAUGGCUGAAAUUCAAGAGGCCCAGCAACGCUGCAGAGAAGUUUGUUGUUGAGAAUGAUGCCAAAGAUCUGCACAAUGAGAACAGCAACAACAACAUCCAGGUUGCCCCUGUGCCGCCGACUGCUCCCUUGCCUCCACCUCCCCCUACCGUGGCUCCCAGGGGUGAUGCCUCAGGGUGGCGGGUGCCGACUGUGUCCGGCUCCCUCACUCCCAAGUUUAUAAACAAGCAGGUGAAGAAGAGAGGUCAUGGCAGUGCCCACAAUGCCCUUGUGUCAGAGCUCAAAAUGAGGUUUGAGAAGAGGAACGCAGCUAUGGGUGAGCCCCACAUCUAGGUGCUCUUGGCAGCCCCCAGUGACUGCAGAUUGUGGCUGGGCGUGGAUAUAUUUAUGUGCUGUGGUUUUCCCUGUGUCUGUCAGCAUUCCGUGAACUGAGAGCAGCUUUGUGCUGGAAUAGACACCCCUCACCUUCUGCAAGUAUUACAUGCUACAGAGUCACCCCACCUAUAGCAUAGCUGCGGUCAUUGUCCAGUUGCAGCUGCAGUACCUUUGGCUUGUGUCACAGUGCUGGUCCUUUCCAACAGCUGUCUGAACAGGGUACUGAGUACCUUCAUGCCAGCCACAGUUUCCCCAAGUGAACAGGGAUUCAGGUUGCCCCCAUUUUGGUGACCCCUACCCAGAGUCCAAGUUUUCAAACACAGAAUUCUGCAGCCAAGGCACUGGAGGAUGCCAGUUCUGACCUGGACUCAUAGGUGUGUCUGAGGUGUCCAAAACCCCAUCAUGCCCAAUCCCAGACUCACUUUUGAAGACACUGGCCUGGCUGUAGUGCCAGCACUGACUCAAUGUGCAGGUCUCCUACAGCAGUGACAAUGCAUGCUGCAAGAAGGUAUAGUGUAGCUGGUACCUGCUGUCCUCAGGGUGCAACACACUUUGCAACAGCUGGAAGAGCAAUGUGCUCAUGGCCUGAGUACCUUCAUUCCCAAAAGGUAAGCAGACAGACUUGGAAAAGGUCAUAAUUUUCCUGCAGCUUAUGAUGGGUUUUGCCAGAGUACAUUGACAUGAUGCUGUGCUUUGCUUCUGCUCUGAACUUGCCUAGUAAUCAUCCGACAGGAAGGCCACCUCAGCCUUCUCUAGACCAGCUGGGGCAAGAUUGGAGCACAGUUCAAUAGCAGCACUUGCUCAAUACUGCCCUCUUCUGACACCGUGUCCCCCAAGGAGGGGAAGCCCAUACGGAGAAGGACGUGAUGAAAGCAGCAGGGAAUACAAGGGAAAACCAAGAUCAAAAUGAUAAGUGAAAAAUACAGACAAGUGCUGGAAAGUUGCAUAUGUCGGUCAGGGAAGUGUGUGGAAAGAUCAUUUGAUUUUGUACCCUGCUAACAGGAGCUGUUGAGGAAUAUAUUUCACCACCUCUCCUGGCUUGCUCCAGGGACUGGUGAGUGCAAAGGAGGUUUCUGGUUUGUCCUGUCAGUACUUUUGAGUGAAUUAUGCAACCGUCAGGAGGGGUAAUGCAGGGGGUGGGGGGCAGCUGACACUUUUUUUGCCUGUUACAUGACAGUAAAAAGGCACCAAAGGCAGAACGCUUUUUCACUGGAUCUUUUUUCACUGGAUACACAGUUUCACCCUCCUGUUUGUUUCUGAGGGCAUGCUUUUCAGCUGGGACUGUUUCCUCACCCUCUGGGAAAAAGCAGUGUGUACCAGGCUGCCUGGGAAAUGGCACACUGCACCUCUGCCUGUGCCCUGGCCCUGCAGGGCAGCUGUGCUGUCAUGGAUUGGCACUGUGAAAGUCAAGAUGGGGAGGAAACCCUACAGGACAGAACACUGUUAAUUCAAGGGUUUCCUGAGACUCUUCUCCAGCUCCAGCAGACAUGGCCUUCAGGGAUUCCUCUCCUGACGUCCCAUCAGCUGGUCUAAUUUCCUUUCUCUG